AUGGAGCUAACCUGUCUCAAAGCAACUGUAUACUAUAAAUGUAAACAGAACCCCGAUCGGAAUGCCACGGUAUACAGAAUGGCAUCAAACGGGUCGAUGUUUUGGUUCUUUAAAAUUUCCAACGACUCGCAAGUUUCCUCCCGCAUCUUCGUCGAUGAAGAAGGUGGAUAUGAGCAACCACUAGGUCUACUCGUUUACCUGUUUCGCCGCGCCGUCGUCACCUCCCCAACACACUCCAAGCAAACCUCGUCGCAAACCUACGACGCCCCGUAA